AUGCUGCCGCUGGUGCUUCUUGGUGCUCUAGCACCCGGCGCCAGAGCUGUUGGACCCCUGGCCAAGGCUAAUAAUGUCACCUUUGAGCAACAAUGUUCACAAUUCGCAAGUUCUUUGCAGAUCCCUGGCGCAAAUACCACAGCCACUGAGUACAUUCCCGCCGGAACUACCCUUCAAUUCCCCGGCUCGGAUCCCACCUGCACCCGUCCCUCCCAGAAUGUCACGGCAAAUCUCUGCCGUGUCACUGCGCGCAUCGCGACUUCAGUUCGGUCCGGGAUCAAAUUCGAGGCAUGGCUGCCCGAGAACUGGACCGGUCGUUUUCUCAGCACUGGCAAUGGCGCACUCGGCGGUUGCAUCCAGUACGAGGACCUUGACUACGCGUCCUCUCUUGGGUUUGCUGCCGUGGCCACCAACAAUGGUCACGACGGCAUGAGCGGAGCCUCUUUCAUGAACAAUCCCGAUGUCAUCGAAGACUUCGCGUACCGCGCACUUACUACUGGCGUCGUAGUCGGCAAAGAUGUCACAAAGGCCUUCUACAACAGGCCACAUACCAAGAGUUACUACCUGGGCUGCUCGACUGGUGGACGUCAAGGCUUCAAGCAAGCGCAAGCUUUUCCUCACAAUUUCGAUGGCAUUGUAGCUGGCGCCCCUGCUUUGUCUUUCAACAACCUCACCUCAUGGAGCUGCCACUUCCUCCCCCUCACUGGCCAGCAGGGCGCUGAUACCUUCAUUCCCAUGUCUAUGUGGCCCACCAUUCACAAUGACAUCUUGAACCAGUGCGACGAACUCGACGGUGCGAAGGAUGGCUUGCUUGAGUCCCCGGACCUCUGCGAUUACAACCCUGAAAGCCUCCUCUGCGGCGUGUCCAGCAACCAGACAGCCGGUUGCCUCACUCAGAAACAAGUUGAAACCCUUCGCGGCAUCUACUCUCCUCUGAUCGACGCAUCUGGCAGUCUGGUCUACCCGCGUAUGCAACCCGGAGCCGAGAUGACGGGCGCCUCGGAUGUCUAUUUCAGCGGCCAGCCGUUCAACUCUACUGACUGGUUCAAGUACGCAAUCUUGAACGAUCCUAACUGGGACCCGGCUACCAUAACCUCUGAAGACUACGUCAGGUCUUCGAGCAUGAACCUCUUCAACAUCGAGACCUGGGAUGGUGACUUGUCAACAUUCCAACAGCGUGGUGGUAAAAUCCUUCAUUAUCACGGCCUCGUGGACGGGAUCAUCUCCAGUGAGAACUCCCCAAGGUACUACGAGCACGUUUCGCAGACAAUGGGGCAGACCCCGGCAGAGUUGGACGAUUUCUAUCGUUUCUUCCGUAUUUCCGGAAUGGCUCACUGCAGUGGUGGCCCUGGUGCUGUUAAUAUUGGCAACCAAGCCAAGAACUUGGCUAGCUAUGAUCCGGAAGAGAACGUCCUGAUGGCCAUGGUCCGUUGGGUAGAGGAGGGGAUUGCCCCUGAGCACAUCACCGGAACUGCCUUUGUCAACAAUACGAGAAGCGCCGGCGUCGACUACAAACGCAAGCAUUGCCGCUGGCCUACACGCAACGUUUUCAACGGGAAAGGGAGCUACAAGGACGAGAAUAAUUGGGAAUGUGUGGCAUAA